AUGCAAUCGGCCUACAGGAAGUAUCAUAGCACUAAGACUGCUCUGAUUCGUAUUGUUAACGACAUACAGCGUGCUCUUGAUGACCAGUGCGAGUCCAUUUUGGUUUUACUCGACCUUUCCGCCGCCUUCGACACAAUGGAUCACGCGAUCUGUCUUGAGAGAUUACGAUUUUGUUAUGGCUUCUCCAACCUAGUUCUUCAGUGGCUCACUUCUUAUCUUGUUGAACGUCCUCAACGCAUAGUGUUGGAUAAGUUGUCUUCCCAGCCUCGUCGUUUAUCUUGUGAUGUCCCUCAAGGCUUCGUUUUAGGGCCGGUGUUAUUUUCUCUCUAUAUUUCUCCAUUGGAGGAUGUAAUUACGGCUCACUGCUUAAAUGCAAUGAUGUACGCCGAUGAUUCUCAGCUUUACAUUAUUGUGAGACAAAGCAAUCGUGCUACAGCAUUAAAGGAUCUUACGCUCUGUAUCGAAGAUAUCAUGUCCUGGAAUGUCUCUAACAUGCUUAAAUGUAACCCAAAGAAGACUGAUCCUUCUCAGUUACUGCACCGAAGCUCUUGA